AUGUCAAAUAAUAAUAAUCUUAUUAUUAGAUAUAAUAAAAGUGGAUAUCGUCAAUACCAAGCAAAUGAUGGAGGAUGGGAAUACACCCACCGUACUGUAGCCGAAAAAAAAAUUGGAAGACCCAUUGAACCAAACGAACAUGUUCACCAUAUUAAUAAAAACAAAGUUGAUAAUAGACCAAGUAAUUUAGUAGUUAUUAAAGAUAAUAUCCAUAGAGAAGUACAUAGAAGCGAUUACAAUGAAAAAAAUACCUGUUUCAAUUGUGGAAGAACAUCACAUUGGGCCCAAGACUGCUAUGCAAGUUAUGACAUUAAUGGAAACAGAUUAUAA